CUUAAUGGUUCAGAUGUCUGAAUGGUUCAGCACUUAAUGGUUCAGACUGUUUGUUUCAGCCUCUUAAUGGUUCAGAUGUCUGAAUGGUUAAGAGAUUUGCCUCUGAAUGGUUAAGUAUUAUACAGAGUCUGAAUGGUUAAGACCUCUUAUCUGAAUUGAUCAGACAUUUGCCUCUGAAUAGUUAAGCAAUAUACUAGCUCUUAAUGGUUCAGACCUCUUAUUGGUUCAGCACUUAAUGGUUCAGACCUCUUACUGGUUCAGCACUUACCUAUUCAGAAGUUGCCAAACAGCCCGUAAGUCUUGUGAAACCAAUUUGUUCAAAAGCGGUGGACGAGGUCAUGGGCGUGGCAUCUCUACUGGCAGGGGCACUGGUGGACAGCAGCUGCACGCUGCACAUGCCGCGGCAGUAGGGCCAUCUGGAAGUAGCAGCGCCGGUGAGUCUUCUACUGGAGGAGUGGUGAUUCCUUCUCUCUCGGCUGAGCAAUGGGAGACGUUUAGGGCUCUUCUCGCUUCUGUUAAGGAUGCUCCAUCCGAGAAAUUGUCAGGGAACAAGAGAGGGUGGAUUAGGUUGGUGGUGGGUCAGGGCUGUGCAGAUUUGGUGGGGAACAUAAGGGGGGACAAUGGCAGCCAGGGGGGCCUUGCUCCAACCGCCCAAAGGACGCCCAUUCUACAGUCCUCGUCCUCCCUGCCUACUGUUUCUGCACAUCCAGCAGACUCGUCAUCCACUGCCGACGCCCAGCCCAUGCUCUCUGCUGCCCAGCCGGAACUGCCGUCCACCACUGCCGAAAUCCAGCAGGCUGUUUCCAGCACCGAAUCAGCUCCUGUUUUGGGUCGUGGCCAGCGACAGCGGACUCCCAAUGUGCGCUUAAGUGAUUGCCAGACCUAUGCUAUCACCCAUGGUGUUUCUCCUGCCAUUCCAAAUUGGCUGUCCGUGGGUGGGGCGGGGAUUCGAUCCGAAGCUUCGACCUCGACCGCGGUUGCGGUGACUGCCACGGCCACGACCAUUGCCGCUGCUGUGUGGAUGCUGACCGUGACUGCUGCUGCUGCUGUGGGACCCGCGACCUCCGCCAGCGGAAUUGUGGAGGAUGGCACCAUGGUUGCUGGCCGAGAGAAGGGCCGUGCCGGUGGGAGGAUCGGCAUCCAGGUCUGCUCCUUGGCGUUCCAAAAGAAGGAGGGCCGAGCGGGUUUGAAGAAACGUCGGUGGCGGGGUUUGAAACUGCAGGAAAGAUGUUUGGCCCCGCAUGUCAUCCGGCAGCCCCCGAAGUACUUGUAACACAAGUUGUUGUUCCGAGACGGGGGCAUCUACGUCGUCCAACCAAUCGGCUAUGUUCUUGAGAGUUUGACAAUAGGCGGAGAUGGACAGCAAACCUUUCCUCGUAGUCCGAAAUUGAUGUUCCAACUGCAAGGCUCGGGCGGGUUUGUUAUCAUGG